AUGUAUGUAUGCUCAGGAAUGCCCUAUCCGGUUGGCAUCGUGCCUCCCAGAGCAAAGUCGCCCAUAACCGAGUCCUCCAGCAUCGCGUCCUAUGUCACUUUAAGGAAGAGCAAAAAGCCUGACUCCAGAACAGAGCGCCCCCGCAGCGCGGUGGAGCAGAGCGGCAGCGGGCCGCUGGAGGGCGUGCGUCCCCGGAUGAGCGUGGAGGAGCAGAUGGAGCGCAUCAGGAGGCACCAGCAGGCCUCGCUCCGCCGCCGAGACUCCAGCGGGGGGGCCCAGGAGAGCUCGCUGUCCCGCAGCUCCUCGUUCAACAGGGAGCAGAUCUCCAUCAACCCCUACUACACCCUGCAGAGCUCCAAGCGGGGGGGAGAUGCGGUGUCCCCAGACAGACAGAGGUUGGAGGCUUCGCUCCAGGCUCUGGAGCAGGAGAUGCUGGAGCGAGCGUCAGCCAUGCUGAACACGCCAUCCAGCCAAGAGCCCAAGCCUCCCAAACCCCCCGCACAGGAAGAGGAGUUGGCUACAGAAGAGAGUAUGAAUUCCCCUCUUGUGGAGCAAAGUAGCCCCAAAGUUGAAGAGGAACAAAAGAAGGAGGAGGAGGAGGAGGAGGAGGUGGAGGAGGAGAAGCAGGAGGAGGUGGAGGGGAGUGAGGAGGAGCAGGAGAGGCAGAGGAGAGAGGAGCAGAUCCUCAUGUUGGGUUCUCAGAACAGCCUGCAGACUGCUGUGUUGGUCAGGGUGGGCACUGAGGAAGACGACGAUGACGAAGAGGAGGUGGAGGAGCAGGAGGAGGUGAAAGAUGAAGAGACGAAGAAUAAUGAAGAAAAAGAACAAACUUCUGAAAAGCCCCGUCAGGAGCUGGAAGUUGAGGCAGAGCAGGGCACGAUAAUCAACUACUCCUACGAGCUGCCAGAUGAAACGAACAAACACAACCAGGUGGUGUCAGUGAACAACCUUUCCACUCCGCCGCAGUCCCCAGCUUCCACUCCAACGCCGUCGUCUCCAUCGCCCCCAUCUCCUCCGCAGGUCGCCGACGGCUCCCACUUCAUGUGUGUCUAGUGCCAACACAGCUGAGACCUGGGCAUCUGUGAACAGCCACACGUGAGAGAGUCGCGGAGAGAGAGAGAGAGAGCGAGCGAGCGAGCGAGAGACAGGGGCAGCGAUGCAACUCGACUUCACUCAAGAUGGCGGCCCGCGGCACCGCUCGGCAUCUCCAGAUGCCUCACGCUCAGCUCCCGCCGCUGCACCGUCGCAGCCCAGGCCUGGCCACACCGGUCAACAUAUCAACACGCUGGACCCCCCACACUCCCCUGUCCUACCUACCACAUAAAACAGUGUUGCCAAUAUUACCAUCCUCAUCACCAAAUUAUUAUUAUUAUGAUUAUUAUUAUGAUUAUUAUUAGGGCAGAGUUUGUAUUGUGUGUUUGGGGUGGGUAUUUGUGUGUGUGUGUGUUUGAUGAGCAUGAGGUGCCUGUGGGCUGUUCGGUGGUGCGGUGAGGAUGUGAGGCCUGCCCAGCUGAGUACCGGAGCACCUGUGCUCCGUUUCCAUGCUCCAGGGUGAGGUCUUCUGG